CAUCCCGCAUAGCUAUUACCUCAUCAAUAACACCGAAAUGAACAAAGACGACAUGGAGACGGUUACAGUAGGCAGAGGCUCAUUUCAUCAAAUUGAAAUUGACGUAGACACCAAAGGAACACUGAUUAGAUGGGAAUACUUAUCAGUUGGUUAUGACAUUGGGUUCGGCCUCUUCUUUAAAAGAAAUGAUAAGAAGAGAAGGUCACGCUCAAAUGAAGUUACAACAAUAAUUCCAUCCAAGAGAAGUGAGUCACAUGUUAUACCUGAGACAGGAUUCCACGAGUGUGAACAUGAAGGAAUCUAUAUCCUAAAAUUUGAUAACACUUAUAGUUGGACAAGAACAAAAGAGGUUCGAUACUCCGUUCAAUCCCUCCCUCCCGACCCGCAGAUGCUUGAAGCCUGUAGCCACUCUCCUGCACAUUCACCAGUGAGCAAUGGAGACGCAAGUGGUACCGCGGUGGGUACAACGGUCAAAGAUAAAGACGAGGGGUUGAUUGAGAAUGGAGUUGGUGGGAUGAGUUUAGAAGAGACGGUCGAUGAUAUAAAACAAUAGAAAAAAAAGAGCUUAAUUAUACAUUAUUGUUUUGUUUUGUAGAUUUCAUAUACUUUUCUUUCAGUCCUUAUACACUUUGUUUUUUUAGUGUCAACAAAUUAGAGCUAUCAUCAUUGUCUUUAUUACA